GUAGAAGAAGAAGUCAGGCUAAAUAAGAAGCUGCUACAGACAAACGGGCAAACAGUGAAAGAUCUGAUUAGUGACUACAGUUUGAAAUUUAGCAUGCAGAGUCGUAAAUGUCCCUGCAUGGAGCCUGACUCUUUCUCAAGCCAAGAUAAAAUGAGCAAAGAACAUUCUCACUGAGUGAGUGAACAAAGAACGUAUUAAACUCUGUGCUACUACACCUUAUAUUAGUUCACCAAGUGUUUGCAUGACUCCACCUCCUAAAAGGCGGAUCCAAGGUAAGUGGCGCAAACAAUGACUCAGCAGGAAGCUUAUGAGCACAAGGACACGGAUGCAAUUAGGAUGGAAGUCAUGCAAAGAUGAGUGACAUAGGAGACCACAAGCAGGAAGACGCCUCUGGGGAAGUGAAUUUCCACACAAGGAAUGAAACCCAAGACCAAAGCGGGAAAAGACAGCCAGAUAGGCCUACACCACUUUCACCUACAUUCACUAUCACAUCACUGAAGAGUGACAGGUCAAAGGGUUUCCCAGUCAACUUCUCCACUGAUGACAAACAGCCAGAUAGACCACUUUCACCUUCAUUCACUAUCAAUUCAUUGAAAAGUGACAGGUCAAAGGGUAUCCCAGUCAACUUCUCCACUGAUGACAAACAGCCAGAUACACCACUUUCACCUUCAUUCACUAUCAAUUCAUUGAAAAGUGACAGGUCAAAGGGUUUCCCAGUCAACUUCUCCACUGGUGACAAACAGCGAGAUAGACCACCUUCACCUACAGUCACUAUCACAUCAUUGAAGAGUGACAGGUCAAAGGGUUUCCCAGUCAACUUCUCCACUGAUGACAAUUCACAGGACAAGAAUGAGUCAACAGGGUGUUUCAUCAAAGGUGUCCCUGACAUCCAACACCAAACUGAAUUCACAGACACAACGGCAUUAUUUCAGAAAUCUCACAAAGACUGGAUGACGAGGAAGUUUAAAACUCUAUCUGAAGGACCAUCAACACAUACAACCCCAAUUCUCCUCAAUGAGAUCUACACAGAGCUGUACAUUACUGAGGUGGAAAGUGAAGAGGUCAAUGAAGAACAUGAAAUUAGACAGAUAGAGAAAGCCUCAAGAACAGCAAUAGAAGACAGACCAAUCAGCUGUAACGACAUCUUUAAACCCUUACCUGGACAACACCAAACUAUCAAAACAGUUUUGACUGUAGGAGUGGCCGGCAUUGGAAAAACAGUCUCAGUGCAUAAGUUCAUUUUAGACUGGGCUGAAGGAAAAACCAAUGAGGAUAUCCAAUUUAUAUUUCCUCUUCCUUUCCGAGAGUUGAACCUGUUGAAGGAGAAGAAACUCAGUCUGUUGGAUCUUCUUGAGCACUUUUUCUCAAAAAUGAAAGAUCUUUCACCAGUCUUCACCAGUUCAAAGCACAAAGUCAUGUUCAUCUUUGAUGGCCUGGAUGAAUGUCGAAUUCCUCUGGAUUUCCAGUCCAACCCAAAGUGUUCUGAUGUGACAGAGCCAGUCUCAGUGGAUGUGCUGCUGACAAACCUCAUCAAGGGAAAUCUCCUUUCCUCUGCUCUCCUUUGGAUCACCACCAGACCAGCAGCAGCCAAUCAGAUCCCUCCUGCAUCCACUGACCUUGUGACAGAGAUUCGAGGAUUCAAUGACCCACAAAAGGAAGAGUAUCUCAUGAAGAAAAUCAGUAGUGAAGAUCUGGCCAACAGAACCAUCACAUACCUGAGGUCAUCCAGGAGCCUCUACAUCAUGUGUCACAUUCCAGUAUUCUGCUGGAUCACAGCUACUGUGCUAGAAAGAAUGUUGAGUGGAACAGAGAAUGUUGAAAUCCCCAGAACUCUGACCCAAGUGUAUGUUCACUUUCUGACAAUUCAGAUUGAUAUCAAAAAUGUAAAGUACUCAGAGAAACAAAAGGCAAACGACACAGAUGAAGACAUGAUUUUCAGACUGGGGAAACUGGGAUUUCAACAGUUGGAGAAGGGCAAUCUGAUCUUCUAUGAGGAAGACCUGAGAGAGUGUGGCAUUGAUGUCACAGAAGCAUCAGUGUACUCAGGAGUGUGUACUCAGAUCUUCAGAGAGGAGGCUGGCUGGACCAGGCUGUACCAGGGGAAGGUGUUCAGUUUUGUGCAUCUGAGCAUUCAGGAGUUUCUUGCAGCUUUGUAUGUGUUCCUCUGCUUCAGCAACAGAGAUAGAACAGAGAAAACCAUCCCCGUUCAACAGCACACCUCUCAGCUCUCUGCUCUGUUCAGAGCUGCAACACUUCAUGACCUUCACAAAACUGCAGUGGAUCUGGCCUUACAGAGUAGGAACGGGCACCUGGACCUUUUCCUACGUUUCCUUCUGGGCCUCUCACUGGAGUCCAAUCAGAAACUCCUGCAAAAGCUGUUGAAGAACAGAGUUGUCUCAAUGGAGAAGGAGGAGACUGUUGAGUAUUUAAAGAGUAAUAUUCAGGAGAAAAACCCAGUGGAGAGCAUCCUCAAUCUUUUCCACUGUCUCAAUGAACUGGGUGACACCUCUUUGGUAGAGGACAUGCAGAGAAGCCUGUUAUCAGGUAAACGUCCUUGGCCUGGUGACCAACCCCAUUCAUUUCACGAGUGUGCUUCUCUCCAGUACCUGCUGCUGACUGCAGCCGAAGGCCAAUAUGACUUUAAUCACAACACGAUCAUCAAAAGAGAUGGUUGUGUGGAGAAGUUGCUCCCAGUUAUCAAAGUGACCAGAAAAGCUCAGCUUGAGGAUUGUUUCCUCACUGCUGAGAGCUGUGAGCUGCUGGCCUCUGUUCUUACCCAAAGCUCUUGCCUGGUCCGAGAGCUGGUCUUCAGUGACAAUAAGAUUGGCGAUGCUGGAGUGAAGAUUCUCUCCAUGGCACUGACAAACCCAAAGUGCAAACUGGAAUCACUGUGGUUGAAAAACUGUUCCCUCACAAAGAGCAGCUGUGAAUGUCUAGCUUCAGUGCUGUCCUGCAGCUCCUCCCUCAGACAGCUGGACCUGAGUGGAAACAGGAUUCAGGACGCUGGAGUGGAACUCCUCACUGAUGUUCUGAAGACCACAAACUGCACCCUGCAGGAGUUGAGACUCAAUAACUGUGGUCUCACAGAUGAGAGCUGUGCUUCCCUGGCUUCAGCACUGAGGUCCAACCCCUCUCACCUGAGAGAGCUCCACCUGAGUGGCAACACUCUGAGGGAAUCUGGAGAGAAGCUUCUGGAAGCACUGCAGAAGAAUCCGCGUAACAGCCUGAAGAGUUUGACAACGAAACCACAGAAGUCACAUUGUUGGGACCAACAGUGACAUGCGGACAUGGACCUUGAAUUCUAUGUUCUGGAGGAGUGGAUUCAUCUACAGGAUAUGUCUGUUCAUUUCACUGCGCUUUCUGACUACAUUCAAACAGAAAGGACACCAGAGACUAUAUGUUCGCAAUGAAAGUGCAUACAUGUUUUAUUUAUGUGCAACCUGUGUUAUGUUGAAUCUGCACAGUUCAGCCCUGCACACGCCCAGGCUCGAACCUGCGAAGCAGUAGCACCUUGGACUGGGAGUCGAGCAUGCUGGCAAUCAAGCUAAAAGCCCAGGCUGCUAGCUUUCAUGCCAGCAGCACUCUUGAGGUGCCGGGGAGUGAAGUUUACCAACAUUCCACACACUCAUCUGUUACAUAUGUUGUACAUACUGUAUAAUAGUCCUCUCUGGCCUCUAGAGUGGAUGGGAUUAUGCACUUCCAAUCAUUAGUCAGGGAGUUUAUGUUUUCUGUUGUAAGAAAUUGUAAGAUGUCUUUCCAAAUGGUAAGAAAACGGCAUAAAAUACAUAAUGUCAAGAAUUGACAAGGUCUAUGUAAAUCAAAGUCAACUGACCGGUGACAAGAAGUUACUGAGUUAGGCUACAUAAGAGACAUCUCAUCCAACCCCAGAGCACAGGUUGCCAUGUGACUGGACUUUCACAUUAGACGCGACUCACGAGCUGUCUGGUGUAUGACACAAAUUGGCCUCAUCCUCUGACAGAAGGAACAGAACCUAAACAGAUUACUGACCCAGAUUAUCCUGUAGUGAAGUGUGUAAAGAUUGUUUAUGUUGUUAUUUAUGUUCAUGUGCAUUCAUUAGCAGAUGCUUUUGUGCAAUAAAAAGUACAUUAUAUUUUAA